CAGUGGACAUCAGGUCUCAACAUGUGUCACAGUUAAUGCAGCUCAAAGUGCAAACUGGUUUUAAAACGAUCCACUGUGUCAUGACUGAAACAUCACUUUUACACAGAGACAACGACCUUAAACUCUCCAUUUAUUUAUUUACAUUUUAUAUGAACUUUAUGCUUUUAAACUAUACUUUCCUGUCUCCUCUCCACUGUCCUGUCAAUAACGCAAGCAGUGAAAAGCCCAAAAAAAAUAAGGGAGAGGCUGCCCCCCCCUCCGCCUUCCUGGAUGGAUGUGGAUUUGGAUGUGGGGUGGACAGAGUCUCAGCUAGACUACAACAUUGUCCGAGAUCCAUACAUGCCUCCUAGAGAGGAAAUGUACGGAAUCUCACAAAUGAUUAUUCCUCCUUCCUCAGUGAUGUCUUCCUGAUGUGAAGGGGAGGAAAAUGAACCAGGAGAGCUCACCUGCUUCUGUCACCGUUGCUCUGUCUCCUCUCACAGGGAGAAGAUGAUCUGCUGGAUCCUGCUGCUCAUCAAACUGACCUCCUGUGUCUGUGCAGGAACAUUUGUAGUGAAUGUGACCCAGACCUCCUAUCAGGCAGAGGAGAACCACAACAUCACACUGGACUGGACCUUCACCACCACAACUCACAGUUCAACCAACUCUGUUUCUAUCCUCUGUGAACUGAUCCUUGAUCAGAAAACCUCAGUCCUGUUUCAUCUCCAUGAGGGUGUUGAAGUCUCAGAGUCUCAGGAUGAAGAGUUUUCAGGACGAGUCCAGUUUGACAAAGACGUCCUCAGAGAAGGACGAAUCACACUUCAUGUGUCCAGACUCAGGACUGAGGACUCAGGUCUGUACCUGUGUGAGGUCACCACAGAGUCCGGUUCAAGCUCUGACAAAUGUCGACUCAACGUCACUGCAGCUGUUGAUCAGUCUGAAUCUCAGAGACCAACUGAGAGACCAGAACCAGAGAGUCGAGGAAGGAUCGACCUCUACGUUGGACUGGGACUGACAGCAGCAGGAGUGGCAGCAGCAGCUGCUGUAGCUGUACUGGUCAGACUCUGCUCUGCUUCAAGGCGAUCCAUUAAAUCUGCUGAUUAGAAACUGAAAGUCUAUAAAGUGAAGUUUAACAUCUCUGCAACAAAAUGAUAAGAGAACUGCACUAUCGUUACUAUUUUAAUCCUACAUAUGCCGAGACACAUUUACCUUUCCUCAUCAAAUGUGUAAAAUAUGUAAUGAAUGUAACAGAUUAGAAAGAACUAUGAAUGGCUUUGUGUUUUAUCUGAAAAAUGUAUUUAAAAUCUUUGCCUCAUAAUGUGUGAUUAGUGGCAACUUGGCUAAUCAGAAACACAGUGGAGUGUAAUGAGUUCACCUGUUUGAUAUAUUUGAUGAGGAAAAGAAAACUUGAUUGUGGACGAGAAUGAACUUGUUUCUUGGAACACUGAAGGUCUAAUGUAAGUUUCAGUGUCUGUUGAACUCUGUCUUU